AUGGUUGGCAGCGUCUCGCGCGUCGCGACAAUGGCGGCACGUUACACGAAAGGCCGCGGAAAAACCGCCUCUGCGUCUCCCCAGUGGCUCCACACCACGCGAGCGACGGCUCUGUAUCAUGCAACCGCUAAGUGCUUGAAGACGCGGCAGUUUCGAAGCCGAUUGGGUCCCUUGUUGUCGACACUUGGGAUAGCGACGACAGCGCUUGCUGUAACGGCGCUCGAGAUCGUCGAUGGAGACGCUGCGACACGCUUAGAAGCUCACCAGCUGUCGGACGAUCGAACAGCUGUGGCUCGUUGGGCUGGAGAGCGAGAGAAGGCGUGCACGGGUCGGAAGGAAGGCCGACGUCCGCUGCUCAAGCAGCGCCGCAAACACCAGACCGAGAGCCAGCAGCAGAAGGAGUUCAAGAUGCACUUGGACGAGUAUAAACAGAUUCGAGAAGCUCUUGAAUCGCUCCGCUCGAGGUUUGAUAUGUACGCGAGCAGGAGCGUGGAGGUGGACGACGGUCGGUGCGUCAGAGCCAUGACGUUCACUGACUUUUUGCACUCGUUGGUGCUGACGCAGUUUCACGUUCACUCGCCUCAACCGGAUCUGGUGUACUCGUGCGACUUCGUGGGGAAUACCGACGGACUGAUUGUGUACGAGGAGUGGUGCUUGCUCAUUCACUUGCUGCAGAUUCCGAAGAAUCAUUUUGAUGUGGCAUUUUGCAUGUUUGAUCUGGAUGGCGAUGGGUCAGUAAACAAGACGGAGUUCUGUGCUGUACUAAAGCAUCUGCUGCGAGCUAGCAACGAUAUUGGUGGGGGUGGAGAGAAGAUGCCGAUAUCUGUCGAUAACGCUUUGCCACGUUUGACCACAUUCUUGUUCGGACAAUACAAGAAAAAGGUCAUAGCCAAGGAUCUCGCGGAAGCACUGGAUGUACUGCGCAAAAAAGUGUUAAGGGCCGAGUUCGAUCUGUCUGCGACGCGCGAUCCCCUGGCAAAACAACAGACCAUGAGUGUGCGUGACUUCGCUCUUACACUGAUCUCGCACCUUGAUCCGGAUCAACUUCCGCCAUUUCUGGAGCGUGUGCAAGCACUGAAUGCCAGUCACGCCGUGGUAGCGUGGGCUGAGUUUUGCGCGUUUCACUUCACUGUACGGAACUACCUGCCCGAUAUCAAACUUGCUUUUGAGGUCACGAAAGCCCAGGUAAUUACUGAAGCGGAUUUCAUUCGAGCGGCGCACAUCGUGAGCGGUGUCGAAUUGUCAUUCCCCGUCGUGCAGCUUGCAUUCCACAUACUCCACAGCGCCGAUGGAGCAUUGGAUCGGUCAGAGCUAUUCAAGGCGCUGGAGAUGCGCAACACCGUGCAGCUUACAGAGAAUUCGAACCCACGGUCACGAUUAGAAAAACUGUGGCAUUGUGUUCUCAGCGACGACAGUCGUUGA